CGUUUGACUUGGAUAAUCGUGACGUAUAGUUAUUUUCUUACUACGCUGCGACAUAAAAGAAAAAGUGAAGUUCUAGAUGAUUUAAACAAAAGUUAAUAAUACAUUUUUAAACUUAAAUAUAGUGAAAAAAAUCUAAAAUGGAAUACUUCAGCGGGACGAAGAAAUUACUUGAUUUUAUAAUAGCCGAUUGGAAAUUGUUACUAAUUCUUACAUUGAUAUUCGUUAUUUAUUUCUACUACGCCAGAACAUUUGACUAUUUUGAAAAGAAAGGUAUUAAAUAUAUGAAGCCCAUAAUAUUUUUGGGUAGUCUGGGUCCUAUAAUAACUGCAAAAAAAUCUUUUCACUGUUAUCAGUAUGAGAUUUACAAUUAUUUCAAAGGAAAUCCAUAUGGGGGUCUUUUUGAAGGCAGUCAACCUGUAUUGUAUAUUCUAGAUCCUGAACUCAUCAAGGCAAUCACAAUUAGAGAUUUUGAUCAUUUUGUCGAUAGAAGUAUCAUGAACUCGAAUAAACCAAGAUACUUGAAACAGUCAUUACUGAAUUUGAAGGGUCCAGAAUGGAAAGGAGUGAGAAGCACUUUGACUCCAACAUUCAGUUCUUCACGAUUGAGAAACAUGCUCCCUUUAAUUCAACAUUGUUCUCAACAAAUGGUUGAGUUUCUGAAACAAUAUGAUAACAAAGAUGUUGAAAUGAAAGAUACUAUGGGACACUUCACACUAGAAGUGAUAGGAGCUUGCGCAUUUGGGAUUAGGUGUGAUGCGUUGACCGACGAGAACGCGCAUUUUGUCAAAGUAGCAGAAAAGUUUAAUUACAUGCCGAGAUUGAAGCGAUUGUGCAUCUUUUUCUUUCUAGUAUUCAUGCCGAAGAUGUUGCGAUUUUUUAAUAUAUCAUUCUUCUACCCCAAGAGCAUAGAAGAGCUACUAAGAAUAUUGAAAGUCGCUAAAUCAGAAAGGAAGCUAUCAGGCACCAAAAAAAAUGAUUUCCUUCAAUUAGUUAUUGAUGCCGCCGAAAAAGAAAAAUCUGACCCUGAGCGCCCAAACAAAUAUUUGGACGAUGAUACUAUUGACGCGCAGUCGUUACUUUUCCUCAUCGCGGGUUACGAAACAUCCAGCACUCUUUUGUCUUUCGCUCUCCACGUGCUCGCCACCAAACCUGAGCUGCAAACCAAAUUGAGGGAACACAUAGAAGAAAUGACCGACGGCAAAGAGAUGAGCUACGAACUUCUCAGUCAGCUGGAUUACCUUGAAGGCUUUUUGCUGGAAACCCUACGAAGAUAUCCACCAGUAGGUCGAGUGGAAAGAGUUUGCACGAAAAAUUAUACUUUACCCGGUACAUCGGUGCAAGUGCAGACAGGAGAAAUUGUGGCACUACCGAUUUACGGCAUUCAUAUGGACCCCGACUACUACCCAGACCCGGAGGAGAUUCGACCUGAGCGAUUUAUGGGCGAAGAGAAGAAGAAUAGACCAUCUCAUUUGUUUUUGGCAUUUGGAGUCGGGCCACGAAAUUGUAUUGGUCUAAGAUUUGCGAUGUUCUCCGCAAAGAUGGCGAUGGUUGCACUUAUGAAGAAUUUCAAAUUUUCAGUUUGCGAUAAAACUGAGGACCCUAUUCAUUUUGAUAAGAGAAGUAUGCUGUUGAAAACUGGAAAAGGAUUGUGGGUCCGACUUGAAAAAAUAUAAUUAUCUUUUUGGUUGCAUAAAAUGCAAAUAGAAUAAGAAUAGUAUUAUGUUUGAACUAAAUGCAAAAGCAAAGUAAACAAACCAGAAAUACUUCAUAAUUACAAAGAACAAUAACGAUGUAUUUCAAAUAGUUUUAUUAUCAAAUUUUUAUAAAGAAUAUUUAAAUAAAAUUUUAUGAAUGAUUAAUAAUAGAAAAAUAAACUUAUUAGUUAAUAUCUAUAGUACAAUAAAGAGUACAAUAUUCAGUGAGAUUUAGUAAACUUUGCUAUAAAAAAACCAAUGGAAUCUCGAUAUAUUGGUUCUGCUAAUCUUAAGUUAUCAAUUUCUGGGCCAAAUCUUUGCACCAUUACUCUGAAACAAUUAAUGAUCAAUGUAGACCAAUGUAAUCGACUUUUUAGUGGAACAGCGGGCAUUCCCGCAAAUGUCUAUAAAAGCUAGUUAAUGCAACUUGAUUAAUUUUACCCUGUGCGUGCAUGUACGUGCUCUCAAUACAGGUUUUUAUACAAACUUAAACAAGAGGAUUUUCCCAAAAAACUGUUAAAUUUAAAUUGGUUCUAAUGUAGGUAUAUUUAUUAUAUUAUACGACAAAACAUGUUUGCGUUUCCACAUGUACACACCUUUCUUUAAAAGUAAUAAAUGAAAUUAUUUAUGGUA